AUGAACUGCGUUGCCAUGGUCCCCUUUAGAAGCUCUUUGUAGUAGCGCCUCUCCUCCAGAGGGGGGCGCAGCGUCAUCAGAGGAUCCAGAACCAUCAGUCAGGUAGUAAAGGGGCAGAUCCGACCCCCAGAUACGAGAAGCUGUGUGUGGCUGCUCGGCUCACACACACCCUCGGGUCCCUUUUUCUUUAAACGGCGCCUCUCUACCUAAACCUUCCUGGACCACCAUGGUGGCUAAAACCAGAAAGCAGCCCGGGAAGAGUCCAGGAACCCGGUCUGACCGCGACAGGAGCCCGCUGGUUCCUCCUCCUGGUAAAAGUACCGUGAGGCGGGCAGGCAGGGAGGGCAAGGCGUCCAGCAGCGCCCCUUCAAACGGGCUCUCCGGGCUCAGACACAGACUGGGGCUAACUCAGUCCUCUCUCCUGGUCCUGGUCUCCACUCUCCUGCUCGCUGCUGUGGCUGGAUAUCUCCACUGGCUUCAUCUCUCAGAGCUGUUUGAGAAUGACAGACACUUUUCACACCUGUCCAACCUGGAGAAGGAGAUGGCUUUCCGGACAGAGAUGGGUCUGUACUACUCUUACUAUAAGACCAUUAUCGAGGCUCCCUCCUUCCUGGACGGCCUCAACAAGGUCAUGAAUGAUCGUCUGACAGAGUACCCGCUCGUCAUCAACACCCUGAAGAGGUUCAAUCUCUACCCGGAGGUGGUCCUGGCCAGCUGGUACCGGAUGUACACGGGUGUGAUGGGAUACCUCGGGAUCCCUACAAAGAUGUGUUGGACCAUCAACAGAGGAGAGGGACUCACUCCUGUGGACAGCUGUGAAGGGAUGGGGGACCCGGCGUACUUCUACGUGACCUGUGUGUUCCUGCUGAACGGAGCGAUGAUGAGCCUGUUCGUCAUUUAUGGCUUCUACCUCAGCGACAGUUGGCUGGGCGGCCUCGUUACCGCGGUGUGCUUCGCUUUCAAUCACGGCGAGAGCACUCGAGUGAUGUGGACUCCACCCCUGAGGGAGAGCUUUGCCUACCCCUUCUUAGUCCUGCAGAUGCUCCUUCUCACCAUCAUCCUGAGGACACGGAACCCGAGCAGGACAGCCAUGGUCGCCCUGGGCAUCUCCAAUUUGUGCUUCAUGCUGCCUUGGCAGUUUGCCCAGUUUGUGCUGCUCACUCAGGUGGCGUCCCUGUUUGCUUCUUACAUCCUGGGUUACCUCGGUGCUGCCAAGAUGCAAUCCAUCCUGGUCACUCACAUGAUCACACUCGGCGUCUGCUUUGUCCUGAUGUUUGGCAACUCGAUGCUGCUCACAUCUUUCUACGCCUCCUCACUCAUCUCCAUCUGGGCGAUCAUUGCAUUGAAGGAUCGAUUUGCUCAAGUCUUCAAACCUGGAAUCAUUCUAUGGGUCAUGCAGGGUCUGGCUUGGUUUGGCUCCACAGUUCUCCUCAAAUUCAUGCUGUCCACGAUCCUCUGUGCCUCUGAUGAUGCUCACAUCAGUGGACUGAUCAAGUCUAAAUUCACCAGCUACAAAGACUUCCACACUCUGAUGUACACGUGUGCUGCCGAGUUUGACUUCAUUGAGUUAGAGACCCCGAUACGCUACCUCAAAACAUUACUGCUGCCCGUCAACAUGCUGGUGGUCGCUCUGAUUGCUUGGAGGACUCUUCAGGAUAUAGUCCGGUUUCUGAGGAACGGAGGGAAGACUGACGAAGUGGAUGAAUGCACAGGGUCUGAAUUAACUGGUAAAGGAGAGAUGGUGUACCACAGUCUGCAGCUGGUGGCUUUCGCCGUUCUGGCCGUCCUCAUCAUGCGUCUGAAGCUUUUCCUGACGCCCCACAUGUGCAUCAUGGCCUCACUCAUCUGCUCCAAACAGUUGUUUGGCUGGAUUGGGGAGUGGUUGAAACACCACGCUGCAGUGUGUGCAGUCCUGGCCAUCAUGGCCAUUCAGGGAUUUGCCAACCUGCAGGCUCAGUGGGCCAUUAUCGGAGAGUUUAGCAACAUGCCGCAGGAGGAGCUGUUGGACUGGAUCCAAGGAAACACCCCUCCUGAUUCUGUGUUUGCUGGAGCCAUGCCCACCAUGGCCAGCGUGAAGCUUUCAACAAGUCGGCCCAUCGUCAACCACCCUCACUAUGAAGACGCUGGUCUGAGGGAGAGAACCAAGUUGGUCUACUCCAUGUACAGCCGCAUGUCUGGAGAAACAGUGAAGAGGAAUCUGAUGAAGCUGGGCGUGGACUUCUUUGUCCUGGAGGACUCCUGGUGCACCAGGCGAACCAGGCCUGGAUGCAGCAUGCCAGAGAUCUGGGAUGUUGAGGAUCCCCAAAAUGUGGGUAAAGUUCCCCUCUGCACCCACAUGUCCAGGAAUUCACGACCCCACUUCACCACAGUCUUUUCAAAUGACAUUUACAAAGUCCUCAAAGUCCCAAAAGCUACCAAAGAUCUCAGAUAACAUCACGGGAUGCAUCAUUUCAACACCAAACUCUUUGAUGUUCUGUGAUCUCUCUCCACUGCUCCUUUUUUUCCUUCCUCCCUUUUUUUUUUACAGGUUUUUGCCGAUUACUGCCAUUGCUGCUUUGUACAUUCUCAAAUGGCCCCGCCGUUCAACUUCUCGCUGAUCUCUGACACCCUGAACGUUGAACUUACGAUUGGUUCAACACAUUUCCCAUGAGACUCUCCACUUUUGGUGCUCUCAUGGUUUGCAGUAUUUGUAACUUUAAGAAGAAAGUCCUCGCUCAGCACUUUUUGCUGUUUUUCUUUAUCGCUCUGUCUCUGCUAUCCGGUGAAGUGACGCCGUAUGACACCCAAGUGAAACCAAAUGUUGUUGAAUCUCUCUCUCACUCACUUUGUUGCGUCAUUUCUGUUACUUUGGCUCCCUACUUUAAGAGAUGUCCUCAAAAAAGAUGCUCGUCAGUAUUGUUUUAACUGUAUAUAAUUCAUUUUCUUUGACUUUCGCUGAAGGAGUCCGUUUUGUCUGGCUGGACCAAUCGAUGAUGUCCACAUACUGUGAAGCUAUGCCCUUUGACAGAAGCUGACUUCUUCUUUUGUUAUGCACAGUGUUGAUCUCUAAAAAAAGAGUUUCUAGUAGUACACUAUUUUUAUAAUUUA